AUGCACGGAGAACACCGUUACGAGAUCCUGAGGCCCUUUAUCGUGCGGUUCAUCCACCGCCAUCACCUCAUGUUUCAGAAAAAUGGAGCUGGAGGGAAGAAAGCUGAAGAGAAGAAGAGUAGAAAGACAGGCGGGCAGAAAAGGGACAGAAAAACAGCGAGUAAGACAGCAGGCGGAAAGACAGCAGGCGACAAGAGAACAGGCAGCAAGACAGCAGGCGGCAAGACAGCAGGCGGCAAGACAGCAGGCGACAAGACAGCAGGCAGCAAGACAGCAGGCAGCAAGACAGCAGGCGACAAGACAGCAGGCAGCAAGACAGCAGGCGACAAGACAGCAGGCAGCAAGACAGCAGGCGACAAGACAGCAGGCAGCAAGACAGCAGGCGACAAGACAGCAGGCAGCAAGACAGCAGGCGACAAGACAACAGGCAGCAAGACAGCAGGCGACAAGACAACAGGCAGCAAGACAGCAGGCGACAAGACAACAGGCAGCAAGACAGCAGGCGACAAGACAACAGGCAGCAAGACAGCAGGCGACAAGACAGCAGGCAGCAAGACAGCAGGCGACAAGACAACAGGCAGCAAGACAGCAGGCGACAAGACAGCAGGCAGCAAGACAGCAGGCGACAAGACAGCAGGCAGCAAGACAGCAGGCAGCAAGACAGCAGGCGACAAGACAGCAGGCAGCAAGACAGCAGGCAGCAAGACAGCAGGCGACAAGACAACAGGCGGCAAGACAGCAGGCGGCAAGACAGCAGGCGGCAAGACAGCAGGCGGCAAGACAGCAGGCGGCAAGACAGCAGGCAGCAAGACAACAGGCGACAAGACAGCAGGCAGCAAGACAGCAGGCAACAAGACAACAGGCGGAAAGGCAACGGACAGGAAGAAAACAGAAGUAAAAAAAUUGGAAGGCAAAAAAACUGAAUGUAAGAAACCUGAACAAAAGAUGGAGAAGAAAGUGGAGAGCAAGAAAUCAGCGGAGGCUAAGAAGCCCGACUCGACCCGGGCGGCGGCUACGAAGCCCGACUCGACCCGGGCGGAGGCUACGAAGCCCGACUCGACCCGGGCGGAGGCUACGAAGUCCGAAGCCAAGAAACUGGAGACAGAAAAGGAAGAGAGACGACAGGAGGAGGAGCCUAAAUCACCUCAGAGAGGUGUACCAGGGGACGGCCAGAAAACAGACAGCUUGUCUAAGCUACAUACCACUAAAGAAUCUUUCAGUCUAACGGACUCCCACCCUGCACCGUAUACACGGAGACAUACGCAUCUCUCUGAAGACGGACAACCCUGACAUUAGUAAGUGUCUGACAGCGCUGGACCAACUCAGUAUGGUCUAUGUAACAUCACAACACGUCCAGAGACAUAGUGAACUCAUCACUA